AUGUCAACAGAACUGCACGUUCGUGCUGCCGGGUUUGUACUCUAUCGCAGGGUACACGGCCACGUGGAGUACCUGUUACUACAGGCGCAGAGCAGAAAGCGACACUGGACACUGCCGAAAGGUCGCGUUGACCCAGGCGAGGAGGAGCUGGAGACGGCGUUCAGAGAAACUCGCGAGGAGUCUGGCAUAACUUCACACCAGGUGGACUUGAUCGAGGACUUCAGGCGGGAAAUCCACUACACCGUGCACGGUAACAGGAACAAGAGAGUCAUAUACUGGCUGGCUGAGCUGAAGGACCCGGAAACGGCCGUGACCCUUUCAGACGAACACAUUGCAUUUAGAUGGUGUACUAUUGACGACGUCAUGGACCUCAUACAUAUCUACCCUGUUUUGCAGAAACUGAUGAAGGAGGCUGAUGAAUUUAUACACUCUUCAAAGUGA